GGGGAGAGGCGCGAGCACGUGACAUGCGCCGGAGGUUAGAUCCGCUUAGCGGCUGCGGCUCAUUGUUUGUUAUCGGGAGGUCGGAGGUCACCGGGGCGGUGUGUGACAUCACUCCGGUGCAUGUGCGGAAACAACAUGUCUGUGCCGCUACUCACCGACGCUGUGACCGUACCCGGAGGGGAGCGAGAGACCGCAGCGGUAAUCUUCCUGCAUGGUCUGGGGGACACCGGACAUGGCUGGGCUGAGGCACUGUCUGCAAUUAAACUUCCACACGUCAAGUACAUAUGUCCACAUGCGCCUCGCAUUCCUGUAACACUGAACAUGAAGAUGGUGAUGCCUGCAUGGUUUGACUUAAUGGGUCUGAGUCCAGAUGCUCCUGAAGAUGAGGCUGGUAUAAAGAAGGCUGCCGAUAGCAUUAAAAGUAUAAUUGAACAUGAGGUGAAGAAUGGAAUUCCAACCAAUAGGAUUGUCCUUGGAGGAUUUUCACAGGGAGGUGCCCUGUCUUUGUAUACUGCUCUGACCUGUCAACACAAACUUGCUGGAGUUGUUGGACUUAGCUGCUGGCUACCGCUGCAUAAGACAUUCCCUCAGGCCGCAUGUGGCGUAAAUAAGGACAUCUCCAUUUUGCAAUGUCAUGGGGAGGCGGAUCCUAUGAUUCCAGUUCGCUUUGGAACUCUCACCUCAGAAAAGCUAAAAUCUCUGCUGACCCCUUCAAAGAUUCAGUUUAAAACAUAUCCUGGAGUCAUGCACAGCACCAGUCAAGAGGAAAUGAUGGCGGUGAAAGAUUUCUUGGAGAAAGUCAUCCCAAAAGUGUAACUCACAGAUGAUUCCACUGCAAAAAAAAUGCCUCUCGGCCUCACCUCCAGUGUUUCUUCCCUGAGCCCGUGUCCUCUUACCCACCCGCCCCCACUCUGUGCUGGAUAAAAGUAUUAUCUGUCCUGCCAGAUGUGAUUGGAGUUGUUUAAGGUACAGGGUGGGGGUUGCUGCUCCUACACCUAUUCCAUAAUUCCUGCAAAAAAAGAAAGGCAGGUUCUAUCAUUGCUGCUGCUUUUUCAGAUCCUUGUAGUGUUACAUUUCAUCUGCUGUUACAGGUUCUUACCUCAUAACAGCAGGAAGCCACCAUAUACCUCAGAGGAGCAGCUGAGUAUUGAGAUGUGAAUGUACCUUAAACACUCCGUCCUUUUAGGAGCAGAGCUCAGGUCCAUUACAGCUGGUACUGUGCCCCCUAUCAAGGUAUUUUCAGUCUGUCCCAGCUCCAGACAGAUGUUAUGCUUUCGGCCUUGCAUCCAUGUUCUGAGUUCAGGUUGUGUACGUGUAAGGCUCAGCAUGCACUGGGAAGAGAGCAGUGUACCUACUUAAGCAACAUUAUCGUCUUUUUUUUUUUUUUUUUUUUUUUUUUUUUUUCUUCUUUUUUUUUUUUCCCGCAAUAAAAGCCUUCUACCCUUUUUUUGUCUUUCCUUUUAACACUUAACUGUGUUAUAACUUUUAAGAUGUACCUGUGAGAAUAAAAUAAAAUAACUACAGAUACAGA